AUGGAGGAUUUGAAAAAUGUUUAUAUUUCACCACUGCCGGAUUCGCCGUACGUGAAACCUUUUAGAUUCAAUUAUACUCAAAAUGGUAAAGAGAAAACCUGGGAUUUACUGGAAGUUCACGACAGCGUUGCUAUCGUAGUUUUCAAUGUAAGCAGAAAGGUUAUGAUUUUCGUCAAACAAUUUAGACCAGCAAUUUAUUACAACUGUAUCCAUCCUCAAGACCGUCAAGAAAAUGUUAUAGAUACAAACAAAUAUCCUGCCUCACUGGGUAUUGCACUGGAGAUGUGUGCUGGAAUAAUAGAUAAAAAUAAACCUGUAGAAGAAAUAGCCAAAGAGGAAGUGUUAGAAGAAUGUGGAUAUGAUGUGCCCUUAGAUAAAUUACAUAAAAUAACUUCUUACAGGUCGGGUGUGGGUGUUCAAGGAGCACUUCAGACAUUUUUCUAUUGUGAGGUUACAGAUGACAUGAAGACAGAGCAAGGUGGAGGUGUUGACGAUGAAAUAAUAGAAGUAGUGGAAAAGACUAUUCCGGAAAUAGAAGAAAUGGUCAAUUCCCCUGGACCCAUACAAAGUCCUCCGAGUUGUCUCUUCGCCUUGAUGUGGUUCUUGCAUUAUAAAGCCGAUAAGUAUAGAAAGUCGUACGGACGAUAUUGUGUGGAAUGCAAGAUCAAUAAUAAUCCGAGUUUGUUCAAU